AUGUGUGGUGUUUGGACUACGCCUAGUGAUAUGUUCAAACAUCUCGAAACUACUGAACACAAACUAGCAUACUUGUUCCGCAAUUAUAAAAUGUAUCAUCAAACAGUUGUUUCGGAGACGAACUCUGUUGUAAGAUCCGCUAUGCUUUCGCAGUUUGCCAUUCAGAUUUGGAAGAUGGAAAAGCCACCAGGAGUGGUCUCGAACCGCUUACGUUCUUUGCUGGAUCGUGCAACAAUUGAGCGAAUAUGGCCUGAACAUAAGGAUGUUCUUGAUCAUACUUGGAAGGAUGACAGUAGGACAGUUGGACGCAUGGAUGUUCCUCCACCUGUAUCGAAAUCAGCGAUGAUGUUUCCUCCUGAUGAUUCGAAGAAUAAAGUAAUUAAGAAGGAGCCGAAAGACGACUACACAAGUAAUGGCGAUAGGCGCAGUAGCCACUCAAAGGACAAGGACAAGAGGAGCUCAGAAAGAAGUGGCACCCGCUCUUCUUCAACUAAGGACAAAGAAAAGAGCAGAAGCGACAAAGAAAGUAGCCGAUCCUCCAAAUCCAACGACAAGGACAGAUCUGAUAGAAGUGACCAUCGCUCAUCAUCAAGUAGAGACAGGCCGAGAGAAACAGAC